AUGGCGACUAAGCGUGUCAGGAUGACCCCAUUGAUGGAAGGGGAGAAGAGGCAGAAGAAAAAGCAGAAGCACCCGGAUGCCCCAAAUGAUGGAAGAGAAGAAGAAGCGGAGGCAAAAGGAGGCACCAGAGAAGGAGGAGAGGAGGAAGCGGGGAUGCCUAGUCCUUGUGCCAGCUCUGACUCCCCUCAGGCCAGUGCCAUGUUAGUAGCGCUUGAGAGAGAGCGGAUGAUAGUGAUUCCUUCAUCAUCAACUAUUAGGAAUGGUUUUUCCAUUCUUCACCAAGUCCCAGAAGGCCAUGUUGGGGUUUACUGGAGAGGAGGUGCCCUUCUAAAGACGAUUACCGAUCCAGGUUUUCAUCUGAAGCUGCCUUUUAUAACCCAUUAUGAGCCUGUUCAAGUAACCCUUCAGACAGAUCAGGUGAGGGAUAUUCCUUGUGGUACCAAAGGAGGUGUAAUGAUUAACUUUGAGAAGAUAGAGGUUGUUAACCGGCUUCACAAGGACUAUGUGCAUGACACUCUGCUGAACUAUGGGGUGCAGUAUGACAAUACAUGGAUAUAUGACAAAAUUCAUCACGAGAUCAAUCAGUUUUGCAGCUCUCACUCUCUUCAGCAAGUCUACAUUGAUGUUUUUGAUCAAAUUGAUGAAAAGAUGAAAGAUGCUCUCCAGGGUGACUGCACACGUUAUGCUCCAGGAAUUGAAAUCAUUAGUGUUCGUGUUACAAAGCCAAAAAUCCCAGAAAGCAUAAGACGCAAUUUUGAACAGAUGGAAGAGGAACGCACUAAGGUCUUAAUUGCUAUUGAGAAACAGAGAGUUGUUGAGAAAGAGGCAGAGACAAAUAAGAAAAUGGCUAUCAGUGAAGCUGAGAAGGUUGCAAAUGUGAGCAAGAUCCUUAUGGAACAGAAGUUGAUGGAAAAGGAUAGUGUCAGGAAGCAGCAAGAAAUUGAGAACCAGAUAUACAUGGCUCGGGAAAAGAGUUUGGCCGAUGCAGAUUUCUACCGUUUACUGAAGGAAGCUGAAGCAAACAAGUUGAAGCUGACACCGCAAUUUCUUGAGCUUAAAUUCAUCGAGGCCAUAGCUGAUAAUACAAAAAUUUUCUUUGGGGAAAAGAUACCUAAUAUGUUUCUGGAUCAGAGGCUGCUUGGGAACUUCCUGCAACAGUUAUCUAGGAAUGUGUCUGAAGAGGAGAAAUGAACUGCUUAAUUUUUUUUUAUCAACAUGUUGUAAUACCUAGGUGAUAUAGAAAGUAAAUGUUGGUUGAGGCCUUCAGAAGGUGUUUCAUUUGAACAAAAUUUUUGUGAAGUCUGCCAAUUUUUUGGCUUUUAUAGGUGUGUCAUUCAAUGAGUUAUAUACAAAAACA